CUUUACGCAAAUGGCCAUCCCUUUACGCAAAUUGACUGGUAUUGUUUUUCUUCUCUUCUUCUGCCCUCCUCUUUCCCAGCCAUUAAUGUCCAACAGGUGUCCUUCCCACGAAUCCCAAGCUCUGCUCCGCUUCAAAGCUGCUUUAAAUGACUCCUCAAAUUUCUAUCUGAGUUCGUGGGUAAAUGGAACAGACUGCUGCACUCUCUGGAUAGGCAUUUCCUGCGACGAUAACACCAACCACGUUGUCUCUGUUGAAACCCUUUCUUUCCGCGGUACACCAGGUACUACCAUUCCUACCUGUUUGGCAAAUCUCUCUUAUCUUCACUCUUUAUAUUUAUAUGGUCAUAGCUUUACUGGGACGAUUCCCACUUUCCUUUGUCUGCUCACCCGCCUUACAGUUCUUGAUCUUUCAGACAAUUACUUGAAUGGAAGCAUACCUUCCUGCCUUGGCAAUCUUGCUUCUUUAAGUGACCUUUCCCUAGGUAACAACCAACUUAGUGGAAGAAUACCGGCUUCUCUUGGGAGUCUCUCUUUGUUGAGGGAGUUAAGGCUUUAUAACAACCAACUGAGCGGGACCAUUCCCCCUUCAUUUGCUCACCUUUCCUCACUCAUUGAAUUGUCUGCUUAUGGCAAUCGUUUCAAUGAAACCGUCUCUUCUUUGUCACUUCCACCUUCUUUACAGACUCUAUAUCUGUCAUUACACCAUUACCAGUCGAUUUCAGAAACUUUCUUUCACAACCUCACAAAAUUAAGUUAUUUGUAUUUAUCUGAUUGUGUCCUAAAUAUCAGCACAACUUGGAUUCCACCCUUUGAUUUAUCUGAACUAGGUUUAGGGUCAUGUAUGAUUGACGGUGAAUUUCCACCUUGGAUUUCAACACAAAUUUCACUUGAAGCGUUGGCUAUAACUAAUGCCAGUCUUGUGGGCGUAAUUCCCUCUUGGCUAUGGGAAACCAGUCCUCAGUUAAAUUAUCUAAAUCUUUCAGGAAAUCAUUUGGAAGGAAGCCUAUUCUCAAAUACUUCAUCGUGGAUGAAACUACAAGAACUAGAUUUGGCUAGAAAUAAAUUGAGUGGGUGCAUCCCAUCAAUGUGGCCUUCUUAUAUGAGUAUACUGCUGCUCAAUGACAAUUUGUUCAGUGGCAAUAUUCAUCCAAACCUGGGCAAGUUAUCUAAUCUCAACAUGUUAAAUCUUGCAAACAACAAGAUAACAGGAGUGAUCCCUGUCAGUUUGUCCAAUUGUUCUUUACUUAUUGUCCUGAAUUUGGGAAAUAAUAGUUUGGAGGGAAGCUUACCAUAUGAGUUUAGUAAGCUGAGUGAAUUAUAUUCAUUAGUUGUUCACAGUAAUAAUCUGAAUGGAUCAUUCCCUUCUUCAAUAGCAAAUUGUUCAAAACUACAGGUUCUUGAUAUUGGAAACAAUUUGUUUGAAGGCCAAAUACCAACAUUAAUUGGAAAUAUCUCAGAGCUAAAAGUAUUGAUAAUGAAGGAGAACAAAUUUACAGGCAGUAUUCCUUUAGAGAUAGGUCAAUUAAAGCACCUCCAGAUCUUGCUCCUUUCUUCCAAUCAUAUCUCAGGUUCAAUUCCGCACACAAUUGUAUUCUUGCAAGCAAUGGCAAAUGAAAGUCAAAAUGGUUUUGUAUUAUCCACUUAUAUUAAUGGGCCAGUAUAUCAAGAUGGAUUGGAUAUGAUUUUAAAAGGUACAGAGCAGCACUACCAAUAUAUUCUUUCCACACUCACAUCCAUAGAUCUCUCAAGCAAUGAAUUGGAGGGAAAAGUUCCUUCUAAUUUUGGGGAUUUGAAGGGGCUAAGGCUUCUAAACCUUUCAAUGAACAACUUGAAUGGGACCAUUCCAAAAAGUUUUGGAGAAAUGCAUCAAUUGGAUUCCUUAGACCUUUCAAGAAAUCAUUUUUCAGGACAAAUCCCUACAGAGCUUGAAUCUCUAAGCUUUUUGGGUUCACUGGAUCUAUCAAACAACCACCUUUCAGGAAGCAUACCACAAGGAAAACAUAUGACUGGCUUUGGAGAAUCCUCUUAUUCAGGGAAUCCUAAUUUAUGGGGGUGUCCCCUACCCAGAAAUUGUUCUUGGCCAGAGUUUGUUCCUUCUCCUCCUCCAAUUUACAUUAAUAAAAUAAAGAAAAGCACUAAAUAUCCAUGGUAUGCGAUAUCAUUGGGAUUGUCCUUUGGAAUGGCUUUUGGGGGGAUAAUAUCAUUGAUCGUGAUAAAAAUCAGUUGGAGAAAUGAAUACUUUAACAAAGUUGAUGCAAUCCUAAAGUUCUUAUUUCCCUGGAUGAAGAAUUUGACAUUGUGAAGAUAUCUACAAGUCAUUGAAAGGAAUCUAUUUUUUCUUAUGAAGAUUUUUGGUGUUUCUAAAGACUAUAUUGCACAUGCUUUUGAGAAAGACAUACAUGCAAUUACAUCAUAUACUUCCAUGGAGGAUAGAUUUGAAAGUAUGAACAACAUACAGAUUGUGUGGAAACUUUUAUUUAAGAUAGUGAUAUAUGCAUGUUUUUCUUUUGCUUAAAUUUGGUUUUGUAGUGCUUUUGUAUCUCCUCUAUCCCUGAAAAGCAGAACAAUAUGGGUGGAUAUAUGUAGAACAGCAAUACUUUGCAAAACUUUCUUAAAAAUGGUAACAACACUUGUGUGUCUUUCAA